AUGUCCGGCCCUUACGACCAACACUACGCCUUCACCAACGGCGGGUACGACUACAACAAUAACAACAACAACCAGUACCAACACCAAUACCAAUAUCAACCCCAGACCUCAUCAUACCCCUCCGGCGGCUUCUCUGACCAAUCUCACUCUCAAACCCAACAACAACAACCCUACUACAAUUCGCAUUCGCAGAGCUACUACCCCCAAACCGGCACAAACACCUCGUACUACGACGGCCAGCCAGGCGCCCAGGGCCCCGAAGCCGAUCGUGGCCUCCUCGGCGCCGCGGCCGGUGGCGCGGCCGGCGCGUUCGGCGGCCACAAGGUCGGUCACGGCGUGCUAGGCGCGCUGGGCGGAGCGAUCCUUGGAUCUCUGACGGAAGAUUAUGCCAAGAAGGGACGCAAACAAGGCAAGCACGGCAAGCAGAACAAGCACGGAUAUCGUGACGGUGCUGUCGCCCCGGGGCAGAGUUUCGGGUCUAGUGCCAGUGGGUUGGGGUCUGUGGCGAGCAGCUUCUUCAACAGGAAGUAA